GCGGGGAGGCGGGCCCGUCUGGGAAGCGGCUCCGCUCGGCGGCCCCUUGGCGGGAGGUUUGAAGACCCGGGCACACGCAGAGACUCCGUUCCACUCCGGAGUGGGUCUGGGGGGCUGAGAGCGCAGGGUCGCCCUACCGGGCCACCGGACGCUCCGUGGAGGAGGAGGACGCAGGCCCAGCCCGGGGAAGCGACGCGGCGCUGACUAGCGAGCGCCCCGAAGCGGCGGGCCCCAGUCGCCGGGCCCCCGGGUAGCCUCCGGGCCUCCCGGAGGGAUCAGGGCUUUGCGGCCGUGUGCCGCGAAGCCUGGAGCAAAGGAGAGGGAAGAGAGGAAGCCGGAGCCUCUUCCACAAACGUAGGGUGCUGAGCCGCCGAGCCUCCGGGGGGCUCGGCCUGCGCAUGCGCACCUCUCUGCCUUCCUGCCCGGGCACGCUCGGUCCCACCCGCCUAGUCGGGUCAUGGAGGCCUCGGGAGGCGCUGGGGGUUCCUUCCUGAAAGAUAUUGUGGCCUAUGUUGAAGUAUGGUCUUCCAACGGGACAGAGAAUUACUCAAAGACAUUUACAAAACAGCUUGAGAAUAUGGGGGCAAAGGUUUCAAAAACUUUCAACAAGCAAGUGACCCAUGUCAUCUUCAAAGAUGGAUAUCAAAGCACCUGGGACAAAGCCCAGAAAAUAGGGGCAAAGCUGGUUUCCGUCCUCUGGGUUGAAAAAUGCAGGAUGAUGGGAGCACGUGUUGAUGAAUCUUUGUUCCCUGCAGUGAAUUCUAAUGAACAUUUACCAAGCCCAAUGAGAAAAAAACACAAAUGUAUGCAGCCUAAAGAUUUUAUUCCUAAAACACCAGAAAAUAACAAAAGACUUCAAAAGAAGUUUGACAAAAUGGCUGAGGAGCUACAGAGACAGAAGACAACCCUUGAUGAUGGUGUUCCCGUCCUCCAGUUUGAGUCUCGCUCAUUGGUGUACAGCUCCACAACUCCUGUCAGGAGUCACCAGAGCAUGAUGGAAAAGAGACUAAAAGAGAUGAAGGAAAAAAGGGAACAUCUUUCCCCUACCUCCUCUCAGAUGUUUGAACAGGCUCAACAGAAUCCAAAUACCUCUCUGUGUGAAGCAUCUUUGAACGUUUCUCGUGAAUCUUUAAGUUCAGAUGAAUCCUUCGCCAGUUGUUCACACACAUCUUUUGAUGAUCUCUGUGGAAACCAGGGAAAGAAACGGGGAAAAUCUGCUAAUGAGUUGGCCAGGAAGGCAUGCUUUUCCUCACCUGUGUUGAAAACAAGCAGUUCUUACGAUUCAGCGUUGCCCAAUCACCUCAGUCAGCCAAGUCCUCUGAAAACUACAGACCAUCCUCCAAAGGAGGGCACCAGCUGGCAGAAUGACACUGCAGGUGAAGAAGUCGACCCGGAAAGAAAGCAAGCUGCAGGUGUGUCUCAGGGGGUACCUGAUGAGAAGCUCUGUCUGUCCCCUGCGCUGUUUGCCUUAGGUGGACCCAAGAGUUCCUCAGCAAAGAGAAGAAGGCCAGCGGAUUUGGGUUCACCUCCAAAAGGAUCACUUAAGAAGAGGUACAGUGGGAAGUCUGCCCUGACACCUCAGCUGUUCAAGUCUGACCAUAGCCGGCAGUCCAUGACUGACCCCUUUCUGGGCACUUCUGAUGUUGGGGCUUCCUCUUAUGAGGACUACUUUUCUCCUGAUAAUCUCAAGGAAAGGAAUUCGGAGGCUCUUUCGCCUAAGGCUCAGCCACUACUAAGCCGUUCUCUGUUCCACUCCAGAGGACUCUCAAAGUGGGAGCGAAGAAACAUACUGGAAAUGUGUGACUUUACCCACAUUGGUAAAGAACCCAUACCCAUGAGCACAACUGACUUAAUUUCAGAAAGUGCUUCUAGUCCUGAGAAGCCUGAUGAGAAGGCAGUGAGUACAGUUCCUAGGUGCAUUUUGGUGGGAACGUCUGCUACAGAACGCCCAGAGUGUGGCAGGCAGCCUGGCCUGCAGCUCAGGGAGGCCACAGGGCCACAGGGAAGUACCCAUGCUGACACCCAGAACAGCCCUGCUCAUUGCAUCACACCCUUGAAAGAAGGCAGUAAGGAAGCAGGAGAACCAACUGAUGUAAAAUGUUCACCAAAAGACAGGACCACUCCUCCAACGUCGGCGUCUUCUGAAGGAGAAGCACACACCUUCAAUUUUGGAGAGGAUUGUAAUGUAGAAAAAUCUGUAGAAGAAAAGGAGAACAUAGCCACAGGAUAUAGUCAAAGUGUUAAAAGUGAACCGUUGAGGCCUGAAACUUCAGACAGCUCUUGUUCAGACCUUGUCAGACCUCACAAGAAACCAAAGAAAUGUGGGAAAGGACAAAAGCCAAUGAGAACAUUAGUCAUGACAAGCAUGCCAUCUGAGAAGCAAACUCUCAUCAUCCAGGUAGUGAACACACUGAAAGGCUUCUCGUUUACACCUGAGGUCUGCGAGUCCACCACCCAUGUGCUGGUGGGGAAGUCUGUCCGCACCCUGAACGUGCUGAUGGGGAUUGCCCGAGGAUGCUGGAUUCUCUCUUACGAAUGGGUGCUGUGGUCUUUAGAAUUGGGUCACUGGAUUUCUGAGGAGCCCUUUGAACUCUCUCAGUCCUUCCCUGCAGCUCCGACCUGCUGGACCUCAGCUGAAAGCCAUACAUACACCUUGCACUUGAAGACAUCAAGACAGGUCUGCAGACUUGAGCGCCAGUUGUCUACCCAGCGAUACCAAGGAGCCCUCUUUGCCAAUCAGCCGAAGAUGUUCAUUGCACCAGCCAGCAGCCCCCCAAGAGCCAAGCUGUGCGAACUGGUGCUCCUGUGUGGUGGCCAAGUCAGCCCAACCCCUCAGCUGGCCAGCCUCAUCAUUGGUCCCUACCAUGGCAAGAAGGAAGCAAGGAUCCAGUACCUGUCGGAGAAAUGGGUCUUAGAUUCCAUCACCCAACACAAAGUCUGUGACUUUACCGACUACCAGUGGCUACAGUGAGAAGGACACCUAUGACAGCUGUUCUCAACACUCAAGGAAAACAACCGUGGAGAGAAGGAGCCAGCACACAGCUUAAGGCCUGAUGUCACAUAUUACCUUGUGUGCUGCGGUUUUCCUCUUCAGUAUUGGGGAGCGGGUGUUGCUGGAGAUUAAAUCCAGGGCUUGCUAAGCAAGGACUCUACCAUUAAGCUACGUCUCCAGCUUUGAUCUUCAAAACUCUUUUAUGUAACUCAUUCGUGACUCAUGUUGUAUUUCAGAGAAGCCUUUGUGGGCACCAGUUGGGUUCCUUACACAAUACUAAUAAUGACCAUGAUGAAGAGGUCACAGAACCUUUGUCUUCAAGAUACUUUACUCCCAAUAGUAGAAUGGAAAUUGAUUUAAAUUCUUUAGUCCUAAAUAAUCAAAUAACCCUAACUUUCUUGUCUUGGACUCUGAGGUCUUUAUGUGUGUGCUGUGUCUAGAUAGGAAGGACGACCAGGAAUCACUAAGAUUAUACUUCUGUUUCUGAGAUGCCUCUCAGAGCAGUUGAGAACGAUGGGCUUGAAAGUUUUGUGCCGUCACUGUGACUACCUUCGGAAUGGUUACCUCAAGUUUCCCUGAGGAAAGUCAGCUGCUGGGACUGAAUUAUGUCAGGGGUAUCAAGCCCAUGGCCCGGGUGUCAUGUUUGUCCAAAGAUAACUAUGAAUGUGACUAAUACAGAAUUAUAAACUCACUUAAAAGUAUUAUAAGAUUGUCCGCAUGUGUGUGAAUGUAAGUGUGUGUGUGUUGAGGGGUAAUUCAAUUGCACAGUUCUUCUGAGUGAACUUCGUAGAUGACCACAAUGCAUUACAGCGUGAAGCUCGGAUACACUGUCUGGUUGAUCCCUCCUCUUUGUGCUGCACAGGGUCUUGCUAAACAGCCCAGACUGGCUUGGAGCUCGCAGACCUCCUCUCCAUGUCCCGCAUCACAUGACACCACAUUCUCAUGCUGCUCAGGCACCUAACAGAGACACUGCAUCUCGGUGAGCUUGAAGGUGUCACUCAGCCCAGUGCGGUUUUCAGUUUGGGGAUUGAUUGCUCAUGUCAGCUGCUAUUUCCCACUCAGUAAGUCUCAACUCCACUUCCAAAUUUUGUCAUUUCAGUGAUAAGCAACUGAAUCAUACAAUAUGUGACUUUGUGGCAUUGGUCUUUCUUUUCACCAUGUAAUUAAUGCUCUGAUGAUUCAUUCAUGUCUUGCAUGUCAGCAGACAAUUCCUCUUUGUUGCCAAACAGUAUUCUGUGGCAUGGCUGUUAACCGCUUUGUUAUCCAUCCCCUGAAUAAAGUCAAGGAAUGAAGCCCAGUGGGAACGGCCCUCUGAAAUCUAAAGCAAUUUGCGGUGUCAUGUGUACUGGGUGAUCCAGCAGUUCAAGCGCCUUGGAAGAAGUAGAUCAAAUGAAAAUGAGAAAUACCCCAUUUAUCAUUGUCUCCCUCUUCUAUAAUCUGAAUAAUUCUGUUUUUCAUCACAAAUCCAUAGCUUGAAGUCACCACUCCCAGAUAGUGUUAAGAGGUUUUAGAGAAGUGACCAGGUCAUGAAACUCUUAAAAAAAGACACUUAGGGCAAGCUCUUUGCUUCCCCCGCCACACGAGGAUACACCAAGAAGACACUAGGAUUCCCAAAAAUGACUUGUUCAAAUAUUCCCUAAGUUAUUCGUGCACUGUGAACUUUGGACUCUCCCAGUUCUGUUGGUCAUUGGGAAAGUGCAAGCCUAUAUCACAUCCAGGCCCUGAGAGGGACAAAGCAUCGUCCUGAGAAGCAAAGGAAGACAAGGAUGUUCACUGCAAAGAGUUAGGGUGGAAGUCAAAGCAAGACAAAAGGAAAGCAUGUAUAAAUCUGUCAGUAGCCAGAUUUCACAGGUGUACAAUUCUAUAUGGUUGUGUUCCCUUGUAGGCUUCCAGCUGAAGGUCAGCAUCAAGAGCAAGUUGCUGUCCCCUCCCUGUUUGCAUGUGUAAAACCAUUAACCUGUUUGUACACAAGUGGUAACCCCUUAUGUGACCUAAUGCAGACUUGGCUGAUUAAAUCCUUGAUCAAUUGC